CGACAGCCUGUGGUUGUUUCUGAAGACAGCCUGUGAUGAACUGGGCUACAUCAUGUGAAACCACACAUGUGAAUGUGACACUGGGUGUGACAGUGUUUGAAUGUAAAUUGCAUAUUCACUUUGGAACCACAACCCAACCAUGUGCACCAUCGCCAAACGAAAUUUCCGCCUGAAACAGCAUCAACCUCGACUGCCUGGGCUACAUUCUGUUACUAACCUCACCCAAUAAUACCUCAAUAUGGGUGGAUUCGGCUUCAAGUCACGUCACAAGCAAUCAGCUCCCGAGCCACUCAGAGUCAAGGGACAAUCUAAGGACCCAAAGAAAAUCGAUGCCGAAGUUGCAGCUGAUGAACCUAGCAGCCUGCCCAAGAAGUCUCGAUCCAAGGUCCCUCGGAGUGGCGGAAAAUCAGUUGCCAGCAAAAUCAAACAGAGAACCCUCCGUCAGCAGGAAGAAGCCAGACAGAAGGACCUCCCCAAACCGAAGCAUUCAAAGAAAGCCACCAGCGAGCAAUCGGAUUCUGAUUCCGAUGAUGGCAGUGACAAGGAUGAGGAUGACGAAAAUGGAAACGAAGAUGAAGAACAUGUAGAUGAAGGGUUAGAAGAAGCAAGAAAAGCAUUUUUCUCAACAAAAGAUUUAGUCGAGCCGCAUAACGACAUGGAUUCAGCGGAUGACCAAAGUGAUUUUCAAAGCGCCAGUGGAAGCAGUCACAGUCACGCCGAAUCGAUCGAAGAGCUCAAUGAAUCCGAAGCUGGCGAUGGUAUCGAGGGAUCAGCCAUUCCAGAUGAUGAGGACGACGAGGAAGAUAAUGAUGAUGAAGCUUCUGAGGGAUCCGAUAUGGUUGGUGAAGGCUCAAAUGAUGAAGAAGAUGAGGACGAGAAUGCUCUUGAUGCGGACAUCAUGAACCACAAUAAGGGUGUCCCUGAUCUCCGGAAACUUUACUCCCGGAUACAAGAAAGCGUUCGAGUUCUCGGAAAUUGGAGCGUGCUUGGGAAGAAGGCAAAGGGGAAAAGUCGAGCAGAUGUUACAGAGCAAACGUUGAACGAUGUUUGUGAAUACUUUGGAUAUAAUGCGUUCUUGUCGGAUUUGCUAUGGCAAUUGUUUGACCCCGAAGAAGCAUUGGCAUUUUUUGAAGCCAAUGAGACAGCCAGACCGGUGACGAUCCGGACUAACACACUACGAACCAAUCGCCGUGACUUGGCACAAUCAUUAAUCAAUCGAGGUGUCAAUCUGGAACCGAUUGGGAAGUGGUCCAAAGUGGGUCUUCAAGUGUUCGAAUCUAGCGUACCGAUCGGUGCUACACCCGAAUAUCUUGCAGGACAUUAUAUGCUUCAGGCGGCCUCAUCUUUCUUACCGGUUAUUGCGCUUGAUCCUCAACCCGGCGAGAAAUGUUUGGAUAUGAGUGCUGCUCCAGGAGGAAAGACGACGUUCAUGUCGGCGAUGAUGAAGAACACGGGGAAGCUGUUUGCCAACGACAGUUCCAAAGCUCGUUGUAAGAGUCUGAUGGCUAACGUCUCGAGAAUGGGUUGUCACAAUGUGAUCAUCAGUAACCAUGAUGCCCGAGACUUUCCGAAAGUAAUGGGCGGGUUCAACCGAGUGCUUUUGGAUGCCCCUUGCAGUGGAACGGGUGUCAUCAGUAAAGACGCCAGUGUCAAGAACAAUAAAUCCGAAAAAGAUCUUUUGUUACUGUCGCACUUGCAGAAGCAACUCAUACUUUCUGCAAUUGAUUCUGUUUCACCCCACUCCACCAACGGCGGCUACCUGGUUUACUCGACUUGCUCAGUGACGGUUGAAGAAAAUGAAAGCGUGGUUGACUAUGCAUUGAAGAAGCGGCCGAACGUGAAACUAGUUGAGACUGGGAUCGGAUUCGGCAAGGAAGGUUUUGUUCGGUUUCGAGGAAAGAUCUUCAACCCUAGUCUGAAAAUGACCAGACGAUUCUACCCUCACGUUCACAAUGUUGAUGGAUUCUUUGUGGCCAAGCUCAAAGUUAAUCCCAAAGCCAAGACAGCACCAAUCCAAGAAGAAGAAGAGGAUGAUGUUGAGGAGACUCUAUCUCAAGACGAUAUUCCCGAUAAGAAGCAGAAAGCUUCGAAAGCCAAAGACGAACCGGUCGCAUUUGAUGAUUCCGAAGAUGCUGAAAUCAUCGCCUCGGCCAAGAUCUCUCAACUCAAGGCCAAGGGGAUUCAUGUUACUCGCCCGAACCCCGAGAAGAAACGAUCUAAAAAGCAUGAAGAUGACCAACCAGAUGCAACCGAGAAGAAGCAAGCAGCAAAGCAGCAAUCCGAUGGACCGACUCUUACGGAGAAGGUGAACUCCAAGAAACAUCAGCGCGACGAGCAGGAUGGGAAGGAAAAGAAGAAGAAGAAAACCAAGGUCAAAGCAUCUUAAUGAACGGAUGUGUUGGAGAUUCUGAUUGCUUGUUUUCUUAAGACUCUUGCUUGAACAAACAAACGAUGCCACCAGUUUUGAGGAUUGUAAAUGAAUUGAUUUUAUUUCCGUUUUUCCGUAACAUUAAUGAUGAUGUGAUGAAUUCGAUGAUGAUUUGAAUCGUUAGAAUUCUCCAGAUAUGGAUCAGCGAUGUAUUCAUCCAGCCGAGAUCUAUCUUCGGCCCCCUGCCUGCCUGCCUGAGUAGUUUAAUCAAGCUCCAUCGCAAACAGUCCAAAUGCUUUUAUGUUCACACUUUCUACUUAUCAUGUUAAUCUUCUUCGGGUAUAGUGGAUUCUGUUAUUUUCCCCGUUUCCUGCCCAACUUUCGUUGCCUAUGUGUACUUCUUAUUGUUGAGGGGAUAUUUAUGCUCGCCAUCAUUUCGCAUAUCUGACGCUGCCCGGUUCGCAUCUUGGUAGCGAAUCAGAUGGUUAUGAAAAGCGAAGAGGCCAUAUGCAUAUUAAUGGAGGAAAAGUGGUGGUGAAACAGGGUACAAUUGGAACAAAACUUGAUUUCGUGAUUUUGGGCAUGGUUUCAGAUGAGUAUAGUGUUGGAAGUGGCCC